UUGAAAGGCUGAUCGGGCUGAAUGGUUCUGGCGCAAACCGGUACCUGCUUUGUUCAAAAGGCUUGUUAAUAAUGGUGGAACAAUUACACAAUUAAAAUAAAAAUAUUACAAAAAAUAUCUUCUAUAAUUCGCGGGUUUUUUAACAGAAAAUAAUUCGUAGCGCAAGCCUUGUUAUCUGAAUAAAAGCGAUGCAGCGACGUUCUGAGUUCACGGUCUUCUUCGUUGCUGUAAUCGCUGUGGCAUUAGGGGAGCCUCUAUUCGACAAAUUACAUCCAAACAGAGACGAACGAUUUCAGAUAAAGAAUGCUGAAUUUCAGAGCAUUGGAUGUUGGAAGGACUCGCUAGACCUCAAAGCUCUGCUUCCACUUGAAAAUAAGCAUCCGCUCCUCAUGGACGGUCACGGUGAGGCUCGCUCCAAUGCCCUUAUGAAGUGCGCCGAAGCGGCGUGGGACCUAGGGCUGAAAAUAUUUGCCGUUCAGAAUGGUGGCGAGUGCAUGGGUGAACAUGACGGCGAGCGCAAAUACAUGAAGUACGGCAUGUCCAACUUAUGUCAUGGAGAUGGUCUUGGAGGGCCAUACGUGAAUGAAGUAUAUAGGUUCCUAGGGAACCACAUUGUACCCCAGGACGGUUCGUACUCGGACUGGCAGGCCUGGGGAGGAUGUAGCGCGUCGUGUGGCCCAGGGACUGAGACGAGAAUAAGAACCUGUACAGAUCCAGCCCCUUAUGGCGGAGGCAAAGAUUGUGCAAAGCUGGGGCCUGCGUCCCAGUCACGCAAAUGCAAUGUCGCAAACUGUUAGGCGAUCAAACGACUUCGCCUGUUGAACAAAAAAGAUGAACUUAAAAGCCUUACCGAGUCUCUAAAGACGUUUUAAUCGUCUCAAAAGACUUCGGUUGUUAAAACUACGCUUUCAAAAGUUGUAUUUAUAUUAUCUAUAAAAAUGCACUAGUGAUUCCAACCCUAGCUCGAUGUUAACUCAGUGCAAAACAUGUAAAUGUGUAUUUUAUAUUUCAGGUAAUGAAAAUUUAAUAAAAUAUGUUCGCAGUUAGAUCA